GAUCUCAUGGUGUUAUUUCACCAUAAAGGCACAUCAUAAUUGCAAUUUACAAGUCUGGGAUUACUUCAAUUCAGUCCGGGAUAACAGGAAAUCCUUCACAACACUUGCUGCAAACUGACAGAUAGCAGAAGUCAGAUCUCAGUGUUGGUUACCGGAAGACAAAAUUGCGUAAAACCAGCUGCUGCAAACAUAUAAAGGGCUUGAUGGAUCUGAGUGAAGAGGAGAGUGCCCCUCUAAUGUUUCGAGAUAGAGGUGGCAGUCAGAAAUCUGAUUCCAGUUCUGGUCACAGUCUACAAGUUCAGCUGUACUUUUUCCCUGGCACUAAAGAAAAGACCGUUUUAAACAUAUCAUGUGUUCAUAUCUCUGCCGAAGAUGUCUGCAAACAAGCUACCGCCAAAUGUGGGAUAUUUCCAGUUUAUCAGAGUCUUUUUGCUUUGGCGUCUGCUGAUUUGACUUUCUGGUACCCCCCAUCACACAUGUUCAACACAGAUGAAAACCUGCUUGUACAUUUCAGAGUAAGGUUUGUCUUUGGGAACUGGUAUGGCCAAGAACCGAAGGCGUCUUACCGCUAUAGCCUGACCCGAGACAGAAUGAAUCCUGUUGUAGACUGCAGUGUCAUUGAUUACCUCUUUGCACAGUGGAGGAGUGACUUCAUCAGCAGUGAGGCAGGAGUGUCACCACCUUUGACCGCUCAAGAGGAGUGUCUGGGGCUGGUGGUGCUCGACUUGUGGAGAAUGGCCAAAGAGCAACAUCAAAGUGUGAGAGACCUGUGUAAAUCUGUCAGCUAUAAAUCCUGCCUGCCUGAAUCUCAUCGUCUUGACAUCCAAAAGAGAAGCCGCCUGGAUCGUUACCGUAUCCGAAACACUCUGAAGCGUUUCUUAAGGACACUUGGGAACAAUUCAGUUGAUGCAUGUACCCUUAAAGUCAAAUACUUGAUAGAACUGUCUGCCAUCGAACCAUCUUUGGGGAAUGAAGUCUUUCAAGUGCAUGACUCUUUUUCUAAGUUUACUCAUGUGCGAGUCAGUGGAGAAUCUGGUAUUGAGACAAAAGGAGAUGAGGAUCCUAAUAAACCAAUGGAAUGGGAGUCAUUUUGUGAUUUCCAAGACAUCAUUGACAUCAGCGUCCAGAGAGUUUGUCUUGAAAAUGCAGGACAAGACAGCAGACUUGUGAGAAUAACACGCAGAGAUGACAGAUAUUUGGAAGCCAAGUUCACCAGUCUUAAAGAAGCGUUAUCGUUUGUGUCACUUAUCGAUGGCUACUUCAGACUGACUACAGACUCAACCCACUUCUUCUGUCAAGACAUUGCUCCACCAAGUCUUCUGGAGGGAAUCAGAAACCACUGUCACGGACCCAUUACAUCUGACUUUGCAAUGAACAAGUUAAAAAAGUCUGGAUUUAAAGGUGGCACGUUUCUUUUACGUCAAAGUCCCAAGAGCUAUAACAACUACUUCCUGACUGUUUGUGUUCAGACACCCAUUGGACUGGACUACAAAGACUGUCUCAUCAUAAAGAAUGAAAACUUCAGUCUUCCUGGGGUCCAAAAAUCAUUUUCCACUUUAAAAGAGCUCACAAGUUUUUACCAGCAUAAUAAGUUCAUUUUGGCUGACAUUAUCGUCAAAUUGAGUCGCUGUUGUCCACCCAAACCUAAAGAACUCACAAAUUUAAUCAUUAUUCGGGGCAACAGCUCAGUGGAAGCACAAGACUCCCCCUGCCCUGAAAGAAGCAAGUUCAACCACAUCCAGUUUCACAUGAUCAAAUAUGAGGACCUACAGUGGGGUGAUAGUCUUGGACAGGGAUCCUUCACCCGGAUUUUUAAGGGCUCCAAAACCGAUGUUAAUGACGGAGAGAAACAUGUGACAGAAGUUCUCCUCAAAGAACUAGAUGCGGCUCACAAGAACUGCUGGGAGUCAUUCUUCGAAGCCGCCAGCGUGAUGAGCCAGGUUUCUCACAAACACCUCCUUCUUGUAUAUGGUGUCAGUGUACAUGGUGUAAAGAACAUAAUGGUGCAAGAGUUUGUCAAGUAUGGAGCACUGGACCUUUACUUGAAGAGAGGGAUUUCUGUCUCAGUGAGCUGGAAACUUGACGUAGCAAAACAACUGGCAUCAGCACUCAACUUCCUAGAGGAACGGAACAUAGUCCAUGGAAAUAUCUGUGCAAAAAACCUGCUUUUGGCUCGAGAAGGUGACCUAUCUCAGGGCGACUUGCCUUUCAUCAAACUGAGUGAUCCUGGUGUCAAUGUGGCUAUGCUGGGCAAAGAUGUGGUUCUGGAUCGUAUUCCUUGGGUUGCUCCUGAAGUGGUGGAGGCUCCGGAGAGGCUGAGUCUGGAGUCAGACAAGUGGAGCUAUGGUGCCACAUUGUGGGAAAUCUUCAACAGAAACGCCCCUUUGAGAGGCUGGGAUUUAGACAGAAAGCGGCAGUUUUAUGAGUCAUUCCAGCAGCUGCCUCGCUCACAGUGGACAGAGCUGGCUGAUCUGAUCAGCCAGUGCAUGGACUACCAGGCAGACUUCAGACCUUCAUCACGAAGCAUUAUCCGCCAGAUAAACAGCCUCAUCACGUCAGAUUAUGUGAUACUUCAUGCGACAGAGUAUGUGUCAGAAAAUGCAGUUUGGAAGGCUCUGAGUCCUCAACACAAUGACAUGCUGUUUGAAGAGCGUCAUUUGUGUUACCUCUCACUGCUUGGAAAGGGGAAUUUUGGCAGUGUUGAGCUCUGUCGCUAUGACCCGUUGGGGGACAGCACUGGUGAACUCGUAGCUGUGAAGAAGCUGCAGCCAAACAAGCAGUCCACUGUGGAUGAUUUCCACAAAGAAGUCAAUACUCUGAGUUCACUGAACUGUGACUAUAUCGUCAAGUACAGAGGAAUCUGCUACAGCACGGGGCGCCUUAACAUGAGCCUGGUAAUGGAGUAUCUGCCGUUUGGGAGCUUAAUUAACUACUUGGAGAAAUUCCGUGAUACUGUGAACACCAGAACCCUGCUGCUUUUUGCCUCUCAAAUUUGUAAGGGCAUGAAGUAUCUUCAGGACAAACGCUAUGUCCAUCGUGAUCUUGCAGCCAGAAACAUUCUUGUUGCAGAUCAUUCAAGGGUUAAAAUAGCAGAUUUUGGACUUACGAAGGUCAUCCCUUGUGAUAAAGAAUACUAUCGAGUCACACAGCCUGGAGAAAGCCCCAUUUUCUGGUACGCACCCGAGUCCAUCACCGAGUUCAAGUUUUCAUCAAAGUCUGAUGUGUGGAGCUUUGGAGUUCUUCUUCAUGAGCUGUUUUCUUACUGCAACACGAUUUUUAACCCCAAAAGAUUGUGCAUGCAGGAAAUAGGACAUGGAGUACAGGGGCCAUCAAUCUCAAUGUACCUGGCUAAUAUAAUAAAGAAUGGGUGGAGACUUCCUGCUCCCCUGCAUUGCCCCACCAAGGUUUACAACCUGAUGAAGCAAUGCUGGCUGUACAAUUCCGAGGAACGGCCAUUUUUUUCUGGUUUGGAGGAACAUAUUGAAGUUAUGAUACAAGAAGAGAGAUAAACGCCACGCGGCUUUAAUGUAGUGUUUGGAACUUGCCGAUUUCAAUACCACAAUGGUGACUCCUUUUUAAGACAUUUGAUACUUUGCAGUUACAUCAUGCAGGGGUGUUCUACAUGUAUGUGCUUUGGCAGAAUGUUCACCAGUUACCAUGGGAACACAAACCAAAAUGAUUUUAAAAAUAGCACAUACAGCCAAAAAGGUUUUAAAAUGGCCUGAAAAAAUACAAAAUGGAUUUAAACAGCACGUUUUCAGGAGCCUGUGAUCAAUACGAGUGAUCAUGGUCCUGUGUAGGUGAUUUUUAACAAAAAAGUGAGCGUGGCUAACUGAAAAUCUGUUGGUUAACGCUAGCUAGGUUGUGACUAAUGUUAUUUGAGAUACACUUGUUUAACAGCACAAAUUGGCUCACCGGUUGUAGUUCCAUGUGAAUAAUAGUUUUUUUCUGGUCAGAUUGUGGUAAAAUAAAGCUCAGAUAAAGCUCAGAUUACACACAUCAGCUGCAAAGUGUGAAAUGCUGGGUUUUCAGAUGAAAUGACAACUUUUUAUAGGUCGAUAACAUUUAUUACAUAUGAGGGCAGCUAAAAUGAAUAUUGUUAAAAUGAUUUUGUUUUGUUUGGUUGUACUACAAAAAGCUAAUUUACCUGUUCACUGACAGGAUGGAUCAAGUUCAACAUUUGUGUAUUUAUGUUUUUGAAUAUUUCAUGGCAAAGUACAAUGUAAUCAAUAGGAAAUACUGACUUUUGCCCCCAUCGGAGAGUAUGACAUGCACGGCACUUCCUCUAUGUAAACACGUGGGCUUAUAGCCUACUAGGUCUGAAACUAAAUUCUAAAACUGUUCAGGAAACAAUUCAGAAAGCGAUUUUUUUGCUGCUCUUUCAAGUCGCUUCUUCAGUUCUGGUCAAAUUACUGGUGGACACUGUCUUAUAUCUGACUCCUGUCAGAGCUAACUACACUGAAACUAAAAACACCUGUUGUUUACAGUUUCUUUUGUUGGCUAGGUUUCUUGUAAAGAAUUAUUUUUAUUUUACUGUACAUUGCAUAUACAUUUUCUGAUUGCAUUUUCCCCCUGUAAGCUCCCCUGUUCUUGGUAGUUUUGUUUUUAUUUUUAUUUUUUACUUUUUUAACAUUCCAAAAUUGGAUGGGACCAAAGAAAAGCCCACGUGUAAAAGGGAAAGAUAUAAUAUUUGAACUGGAACGAAUGUGUCUGUAUCUUUGUUCUUUCUCU